UCGUCUUUCGCGAUCGCGCAGUCUCGCUAGAGUAAUUGCGUUGAUCGCUUUCGCUGCAAUUUACUGCGGUACUAUGGAUAGCACGUACAAUUCGGAUGUCGCAUCGCCUAAAAUAGAUUACGAUUUCGACGAUAACGAAUCAUCAAAAAAGGAUCGGCCACACUGGAAUUCUAAAAACACGUUAAAGUUAAUCAAAGCGUUGGAAAUAGAUUGCAAGGCGUUGUGGGACUCGACAGAUACGAUGUAUAAGGUACGGUCAGAACGCCAAGAGAGAUACGAGUAUCUAGCGAGUAUGUUUGAUACGAACGCAGAGGAAAUAAACAGGAAGAUUCAUAAUUUGCGGACGCAAUUUAAUUGCGAAUUGAGGAAGUUACGUCGGAAGCAGAGCGGGGCCUCGGAGGGAGCACACGAGGCGAGCCGGUGGGAGUACUUUGACUCCCUCUCUUUCCUGCAGAGGACGCCACAGGGCGACACAAUAGAUGUCAAUCUAGAGUUAUCAGACUUUCAGGCGGAUGAAGACAUAGGAUUAACACCCGCUGUGUCAAUAUCGAAGUCUAAGCCUCGGAAGCCAGCUCUUAGAGUGGCAGCCACGCCCAACACGCCGAUUCAGAAACAAACCAGAUCCUCGACACUGUUGUCUUCAAGAUCUACCACGAGAGAAGAACCUCUGUCGACUCCUGAACCUGGCUCACAAGGGCGAGAUGAAAGCCAGAUAUUCGGCGACUUUGUGGCAUCAGAACUGCGCAUGAUACGUUCAGCAGAUUAUCGUAAGAGACUCAGACAUGCCAUACAGAAAGUUAUUCUUGAAAUGAGUGAUAAAGAUGACUAAAUUAUACCUACAUAUAUGUUAUGAAGAUUACCUACUUCGAAAAGAUCUCUCAGCAAUCACAGCCAGAUAUUGGUAGAGGUUUAGUAUUGAUAAUACUAUGGAGCUCACGCCAAGCGAGGCUGACUGUUUACGACUGGUAAAUCAAAAUCGGUUACAAUCACAACAAUAUGUCCGGAAAAUCCUGCAAGGAAUUUGAACAUAUAACAUAUCUAUUUCCUUUUUCUUAGAUUUCCUGGGGUACACCUCAGUUUCAGAUUGAAACUUGUGAUCGCGUGCAAUGUUGACUUGUGUGAAGGCUCAACCUUCACUUGUUUGUGCGUCUGAUGGACGAGAAGUGUUCUAAAGAGCUUUCAUAUAGCUACCUAUUAAAUGUACACUUAUGAAAUAAGAAAAAUUUAUUCCAUGCCACACACAUAAAAAUACAAUCUAAAUACUUAAAUCCUAAUCGUAACUUAACUAAAUAUGCUGUGUGGUAAAAGAAAAGGCUGAUGCUCAGCUUGUGCUGUAGACCAAUACUGACUGCAGUGCUGGUUUUCAGCAUCUACCUGGUUAACUGUCGGAGUGCCAGUUAACAAUAAAAUUUAAAUAAUAAAAAAAGCACAUUAGAACACUUACAUGUCUGCCAGCUUUUAUAUAAAAAUAAUUUUGUUAACAUAUUAUAUUCUUACGUAAAAUGUAAUGAAUGUGAUAGAACAGAAAAUAUAUAUUUAUAUUAAAGUAAAAGUGUACCUACAGUAUAUCUGCGACUAAGGUUGGUUCUUGUACUCGUUAUAUAUUUAUAUGAAUGUUUAAAUACAAAUACUGUUACAUACACUCAUACAUUUCUGUUAUGUAUGAUAAAUAAAGUUAUUUACUAGUAAAAAUUGUAUUUUGUUUUUUAAAUGCCUUAGAAAUGAUUACUCGUAAGUAGGUUGUUUUCGGUUAAAGAAAACAAUAUUCAAGAUGUCUUCUUCCGGGGAGCCACUGUUUGACCGGCAGUAGGAUUUUUACCUAAUAAUCCAGGGUAGGCUUUAAACAAUAAAAUAGUUAACUCUUUUACCCUGUACCGUGACACCGCGAUAGCAUUACUUUAGUAACUAAGUGUUAAAUUGUAAUGGUUGGUAAAGCAAAGUUCAAUGUUGCCUUUAAUUUAGAUUGUUAAUGUGAUCUAUUUUGAUAGCCACUAUCAAUUAUAGCUUACUGCUAAGAUAGCUACCUAUAUUUUACAAUGAGCUGACGUAUCGCAAGUGGCUUAAGAAUUGGCGUUCGGGGUCAAAAUGAUUGCUUUUGGCACCAAUUCUUACAAGUUCGUGAGCGCAAUCAUCUUGGAACCCAUCAAAGUGUUGCUCUGUAUAUUUCUCUCAAUGUAUUUCGUACAGUCCGGCAGUUGUCUACGAGUUGUUGUUCAAUAGAUAUGGCGAACGAACGAAUGCUUACCUAGUUCCUCGCCUAAUUAAUGAAUUACCCACUGAUGUACAGAACUGUAUAAAUCCUCGUAAUAUUAAGAAAAAACUGAAAUCAUACUUUUUAAGUCACUUAAAAUAAAUAUAUUUACACAAUUUAUCUAACUGGCACUAAUGUUCUGUAGUUAAUGUACCUAGAUUUAACUCUUUGUUAGCAUAUAUUACAAACCCGUAUGGUUUUUUCUGAUGCUAGCUUUAAGUAUUUUCUUUUGUAAACUUUAAUGUAAAUAAAUAAAAAAAAAAUCAAAAAAAA